ACAGACGAUAGCGCUCCUAUAUUCUUGUACCAGCAUUUUAACAGUGGCCAUACUGAAACGGGGUCUCGAAUACGCAACGAUGAUCGUGGACUUGCAGAAUUCAUCCAUAACAUGGCCAGCGAUCCCAACACGUUGACAAUUCUCAUGGCAGACCACGGCCACAUGCGCACUUUAAGACACGAGCGCUACCAUCCACUUCUCUUCAUGAUUCUGCCUAAUCACGUGGCAGACUUAUUAGGCAAACAAAGAACCGAAGCAUUAGUAUACAACCAAAAUCGCCUACUAUCAGCCUACGAUCUUCAUACGGCACUCAUGUCACUACACGACGAAGACAAGAAGUUUUCCGUGGAUUAUAAAGUCAACGGCGUGUUCUCUAAGAUUCCAACCAACAGAACAUGUAGUGAUGUACCUUUGAGGCCGCUAGCUCGGUGUCAGUGCGAAGGAGCGGAUUCCAAAGUACAAGAUAAUUCCAACASUAAGAGAUGGCUGGCGGAGUUUGGUUUAGGAAGUUUGAACAAUAUUAUCCAGGAACAGUUUUCCAAAG